AUGCGGCUACAAGUACAAAUCGGAAUCGAAUGUAUCGUAAUCCCCUGCAAGGAGGAGGAAACUGUUCAUACGAUUGCGCUACGUGCGGUAGCAAAAAUGCGUAAGCUACGCUCCGCCUUAGUGAAACCACCAGGAGGCAAAGAAUACGAGGAGGUACGGAGAACCAUUGGGAAUUCACUCAUUGAUCCGGAUGAUCUAGCCGGAGACGUGCUAAAAGACGGAGAUUUUGUGAUAAUUGUAAUCCAUCACGACGAGACGGAGGAGGAGAAGGAGAAACGGAGACAGGUGGAGCUCGAAAGCACCAGAAUUGCCUUGGAAAAAUUGGAUAAGCCGAGAAAGAUUAAAUUCGAUUUCGAUCCGUCUCCGGAAGUUCCUUUUGUGGACAAACCAACACAGCUGUUGGUGCUGGAUGGGGCGAGCUUGUCACCGGCUGAUCUCGUUAGAUGCGAGAAGGGUGAAUGUAUAAUACAGUUAUCCAGCGAAGCAGAAGACAGGGUCCGAAGAGGUCGUGCACUACUCGAAAAAAUCGCAACGGAACAUCGUGCUGUCUACGGUGUAACCACAGGAUUUGGGAUUUUUUCCAAUGUUCGCAUCGCUAAUGACCAACUGAAACAAUUACAAUUGAAUCUGAUACGAUCACAUGCCACCGCAUACGGACAACCAUUGCAUCCGGCAAAAGCGAGGAUGCUUUUGGCGCUUAGAAUCAACGUUUUGGCGAAAGGGUACAGUGGAAUAUCGUUGGAUAAUAUUAAGAAAAUGAUAGCCGCUUUUAACGCUUUCUGCGUUUCUUACGUCCCCCAACAAGGCACGGUCGGUUGCAGUGGUGACCUCGCCCCGUUAGCUCAUUUAGCGCUUGGACUACUUGGUGAGGGAAAAAUGUGGAGUCCUAGCACAGGUUGGGAAAAAGCUGACAUUGUACUGAAAAAGAACAAUCUGAAAACGUUGGAAUUAGGCCCUAAAGAGGGUUUAGCGCUAAUAAAUGGCACACAAAUGGUCACCGCACUUGGCGCAUACACAUUGGAACGAGCGCAUAACAUCGCAAGACAAGCGGAUGUGAUAGCCGCCCUAUCGCUGGACGUUCUGAAGGGAACCACCAGGGCUUAUGAUCCAGACAUCCAUAAAAUUCGACCACAUAAAGGACAAAAUCUUUCCGCUCUUCGACUUCGAUCACUUCUACAUUCGGAUGCAAAUCCUUCUCAGAUCGCAGAAUCGCAUCGAAAUUGUAACAAGGUUCAAGAUGCGUACACGCUACGUUGCGUUCCACAGGUCCACGGAAUCGUCCACGACACAAUCGAAUUCGUUCGAGAGAUUAUCACAACUGAAAUGAAUUCAGCCACUGAUAACCCGUUGGUGUUCGCUGACAGAGAGGAAAUUAUUUCCGGUGGAAAUUUCCAUGGAGAGUAUCCAGCAAAGGCACUGGAUUAUUUGGCGAUAGCCGUCCAUGAAUUGGCACAGAUGAGCGAGCGACGAUUGGAACGUUUGGUGAAUAAUCAUCUGAGCGGCUUGCCGACAUUCCUCACACCGAAUGGUGGAUUAAAUUCAGGAUUUAUGACAGUACAGCUGUGCGCCGCGAGUUUAGUUUCCGAAAAUAAAGUGCUCUGUCAUCCAUCAUCUGUGGACAGUAUUCCCACGAGUUGUAAUCAGGAGGAUCAUGUGAGCAUGGGUGGUUUCGCCGCACGAAAAGCGCUGACAGUCGUGGAACACGUGGAAGCAGUGCUGGCGAUGGAAUUGUUGGCCGCGUGCCAAGGAAUUGAAUUCCUCAAACCGCUCGUCUCCACCGCUCCACUUAACAAAGUCUAUCAGUUGGUCAGGAGUGUUAGCGCGCCGCUGACCCAGGAUCGUUUUCUACAUCCAGAUAUUGAAGCCGUCAUUCAGUUGCUGAGGGAAAAUAAGGUCUGGGAAUGUGUACAACCUCAUUUGAAAACAUUACGGGAAAUGGAGGAGUUGGAUCCGGAUGCGUUACGGAUUGAUGCAAAGACUCCAACCGGAAUCGUGAUGUCCGAACGAUUGGAUUCGCCAGAGAAUUCGUGUUCAGAUGAUCAUAGCGAUCAUUAA